GACAUAUCAAGUCCAGCCCAAUCUCAAUUUUUAAUAUCUCCGUCCAAAAUGAACUGCUCCAAAGACUCGACGAGCGGCUCAACAAGGCGCGUAGGUGAGUUGAGUUGUGAAAAUGGAAGCCGAGUCGAAACCAAGCGACGAGCUACCUAGAUUCUUAGAUUCUGGCAUUUACCGAUUCCCGAACUCAAAUGCCGUCUUCGUCGAUCCGGUUCGUCUGCUGAACCGAUCUUACAACCGAUUUAGGGUAUCUCCUUCGGCCUACUAUUCCCGUUUCCUUGAACCCAAACACUACGCUCAAGAACCCACCCUCUCCUCCAAUCCAAAUAAACGAAAAAGAAAACCGAAGAAACAACCUCACUCCCUCAAUGAGAAAGAACGUGCUGCAGAUCAACGCCACCAGGAGGCGAGGCCUUUAUUAUUAAAGGCGCACGAAUCUUUACUUGGAUCGGCUGAUUUCCCAGCGAUUAUGAGCAAAUUAAGGAGCGAUUUUUGUUCUUCAACGGAGUUAACCGGCGGCGAAGAACAUUCGUUCAUUGAGCUUGGAAGUGUUUGGCAAGGGCCUUUAUGUGAUAUAACCCUAAAUUUUAAAUUUACUCGACUGAAAAACGAGACUAAUAAUGAAGGUUUGGAAAAUGGAAAGGUUGAGCAGAGAGUACUUCCGGUUUUUAAUAACUUAAUCGUUAAUGACACGCACGAUGACGUGGAGGCUGAAUUCCUGAAACGGCAUUAUAUAUUACCCCGAGAGAGUUGCUUCUAUAUGUCCGAUUUGGGGCAGAUUCACAACAUUAUUCCUGCCGAGUCUGAUAAUGGGUUUAACCUUAUAGUCAUUGAUCCUCCAUGGGAAAACGGAAGUGCUCGUCAGAAAUCAUUGUACCCAACUUUACCAAGCCGGUAUUUCUUAUCCCUUCCUAUCAAGCAACUUACUCACCAAGAGGGUUCACUUGUGGCCUUAUGGGUGACAAAUAGAGAGAAAUUGCGUAACUUCAUUGAGAAAGAGCUAUUCCCAGCAUGGGGAGUUAGAUAUUUGUUCACUGUUUACUGGUUGAAGGUAAAAGGAGAUGGCUCAUUGAUCAGUGAUCUUGACCUCUUUCAUCAUCGACCAUAUGAAUGCCUUCUCCUGGGAUACUGUCAUGGAAAAGUAAUGAAUGAUUCAGAAUACCUUUCAGAAUUUGGGGCCGUAAAAGAUAAACAGAUUAUCAUAAGCAUUCCAGGAGCUUACUCCAGGAAGCCCCCAAUUGGAGAAUUACUGUUGGAGCAUGUUCCAGGAGUUAAAUCUGCCCGAUGCAUUGAACUAUUCGCCAGAGAAAUGGUAACUGGUUGGUUUUCAUGGGGAAAUGAACCCCUUCACUUUCAGGAUUCAAGAUAUUUUCAAGGAGAGUGAAGGCAUAACUUAUUCGGUGGAAUGCUAUCAAGUAGGAAUCUACCGAGCGGAGAUCCGGAAUUCAGUGUUUUUUCUUGCCAAGUAACUGCCUUAUACAAUUCGAUUAUGUUACUAGCUGAAAUGCUAAGAUGAAAAGGUUUGGCAUCUGAUGCAAGUGCUUCUCAUAUCAUAUAACGCCAGGCUCUCUUGUUGGUGUGUAUGAUGCCUGAGGAAAAAAAAACUAUAUAAUCCCAAAAAGAAAAGGUGAUUUUAGCAUUAGCUAUUAUUGAUAAAAUUUGACGAUUUUUACAUUUGGUAAUUCAAGAAAUGCCAGCAGUACAUCUGUGAAGCCAGGUCAACAGCUUGGUAAAAACAAUGAGGCUAGGGUCUGUUCCAUGUUCAAUUUAUAGAUGCAUUCUUAUCAAAAUUGGCCAUUAUUUAUUUUUUUUCUUUAACAAUAUUUGCUGCCCAUUUAAGGACUCACUGGAUGUUGAACAUACUCAAGGUUACAGUAUUCCUAAGUUCUUAUGUUUAUCACCAAAGUUUCUACCAACUUAUGCAAUAUACAACAUAUUUUGAUUGAUUUUACUAUUUACUCAUACCA